UAAUGACCAGCCAACCCAGUGGGUUGCUCGGUUAGACACAUGAGAUACUACCUUGGUUGAAAGAAUAGUUAGGCUCUCAUUUCCCACAGCCAGCCUCUCAGUUAUUGGUGCCGGUUUAUCAUCUGUAGCUGGCUUUUCAGUAGUCUUCCUUUUGGUAAGACAACUUGAGAAUGAAUUCUUACCUUGCGUCAUUGGUAUCACUACAGACAUGCAUAAAAUACUUAAUGAGUGGCUGCCAAACUCCUUCAGGAAGGCUUUGAAUUAAAUUGUACAUUGUGGCCGAUGAUAUAGGGCCCAAAAAGACUAUUUUCCAUAAACUUAGAUUGAAAUUCAAGUUACAUCUGUAACUUGAAUUUGUCUUGAGGUUAAUCAACUUCCCAGAACUUGAAUAGUUAUAUAAAUCAUUGGUUUCUUAAAGUUGUAAAGUGCACUUAUCGCUGAAUCCAGUUUUUCUUCCUCUGUUGCUGUAAAUGAGGCUGGACUGAGGGCUGGGAGGCGAGGUUAAUGGUUACGCGAGUGCGCCUGCUCUGUGGGUCCAAUGAAGGAUUCAGGUUGAAUAUCCUGCUGGGCGGCAUGACACCCCUCUAUUUCCACAUCAUCAACGUGUGUUUGCACUGCGCUGUAACCUGCCUGCUUCUGUACACCGGUGAACGCUUUGUGUUUGAAGACUCUCGUUUGGCAUUUGUCACAGCACUCCUCUUCGUUGUGCAUCCCGUCCACACCGAGGCCACAAUACAGCUAUUAUCCUUAAUUAACAAUUGGCGACUGAUGAAUCGGUGCAGCUUUACCAAAGGACAACAAUCCCUUUAUUUUACUCCAAAGGUGGUGUCUGGUAUUGUAGGCAGGGCUGAUGUCUUGGCCUGUCUGCUGUUCUUGCUGACGUUCCUCUCCUACAUCAGGAGUGUGGGUGUGUGUGUUUCUGAGGACUCUCUGCCCUCCACGGUGUCGGUGUGGUUUUUGCUCCUCAGUUUGUUGCUGGGCACUUGUGCCAUGCUGGUGAAGGAGACCGGCAUCACCGUGUUCGGAGUGUGCAUGCUCUACGACGCCCUUGUGCUAUGCCGCAAGCCUCUUGUCAAACGUCGGCCUCAGCUCUGUGACUACCUCCGCUACCUGCUCAGCAGCCCUAAUCCCCCUACAAACCUGUCAUACCUUCACCUGUCCGGCUCCAGAUUCACGGACCUCCACCACAUCUGCAGCCCCUUCAUCAAACGAGCCUGCCUCAUCUCUGGCUAUGUGGUGAUCAUCAUGUCGGUCAGGCUGUGGCUGAUGGGAGGAUCCAUGCCCCUGUUCUCUGAACAGGACAACCCUGCCUCCUUCUCUCCACACCUGCUUACCAGGAUUUUGACCUAUUCUUACCUGCUGUCUUUCAACGCCUGGCUGCUGCUGGCCCCCAUCAUGCUGUGUUAUGACUGGCAGGUGGGCAGCAUUCCCAUGGUGGAGUCACUGGGUGACAUGCGCCUCCUGGCCACUACGCUACUGGCCGUGGUGAUGGUUGCUCUCUGCCUUCACUGCGUCUUCUCACUGCAGAGAAAGGAAAGCAGACAGGUGUUGGUUGGAAUGUUGUUUCUGGUCUUCCCCUUCAUUCCUGCCAGUAACCUUUUCUUCAGGGUGGGAUUUGUUGUGGCCGAGAGGGUUCUCUACAUGCCAAGUAUGGGUUAUUGUAUUUUGGUGGCUCAUGGCCUAGGUCGGCUUUGUUCGGUGAUGGGCCGUUGGGGCACCACAGUCCUCAGUGUCUCCAUGCUGCUGCUCAUUCUGCUCUUCUCCUGGAAGACCGUCCAGCAAAACCACGUCUGGCUCUCCAGGGAGGCGCUCUUCCGCUCUGGUAUCCAGACUCUGCCACACAAUGCCAAAGUCCACUACAACUACGCAAACUUCCUGAAAGACAUCGGCCGGCACCAGGAGGCCAUUCACCACUACACCACUGCUCUCAGGUUAUUCCCACGCCAUGCCAGCGCCAUGAACAAUCUCGGCACUCUAACUCGCGACCCUGAGGAGGCAGAGCGCUACUACAGGAAGGCACUGGACACCAACCCCCAGCAUAACCGAGCUCUCUUUAACCUGGGAAACCUCCUUAAAUCCCAAGGCAAGGAGAAAGAGGCUGAGACUCGGCUGAAGGACUCCAUACACUUCAGUCCACAUUUUGCUGAUGCUUACUCCAGUCUAGCAUCACUCUAUGCUGAGCAGAAACGCUUUGCUGAAGCCAGUGAAGUGUAUCUGAAAGGAAUAGAGAACUGCCCAGACAGCUCCGACCUGCAUAAUAACUACGGAGUGUUUCUGGUGGAUACGGGAGAGGGAGAGCUGGCAGCCACUCACUACCAGCAAGCCGUUAGACUCAAACCAGCACACCAUGUUGCCAUGGUGAACCUGGGCCGCCUCCUCCGAUCAUCCAAUGAGAACACAGAAGCUGAGUCUUGGUACAAGAGGGCGCUGCAGGUGACGAGGAAGGUGGACAACCUGACUCCGCUCGGAGCUCUGUAUUACAACACGGGGCGCUACGAGGAGGCUCUGCAGGUGUACAAAGAGGCCGCUGCACUGCAGCCAGACAGCACCGACAUCUUGCUGGCUCUGGCUCAGGUUUUGGCCAUGUCCGGUCGUACCAAAGAGGCAGAGAAGAUGACCAUAGACAUCAUAGCCAGAGAAGGCAGCUGUAUUGAAUGUUACCGCCUCCUGUCGGCCAUCUACAGCAAGCGUGGAAACUACACAGAGGCGCUGAAUGCUCUGGACAGGGCCCUGCAGCAGAGUCCCGGUGAUCUGACAGUGAGAGCAGAGCUGCACUUCUCCAAAGGAAACCAGCUCAGAGAGAUGAACCAGCUCGACCAAGCCUUCGAGAGCUACGAGCUGGCUGUCGAACUCAAACCUGACCAGUCCCAGGCCUGGAUGAACAUGGGAGGGAUUCAGCACAUUAAGGGAGACUAUGCAGCAGCCAGGAUGUACUACAAACGAGCCCUGCUUCUGAGCCCUGGCUCCAAACUGCUGAAAGAAAACUUGGCCAAGCUGGACCGAUUGGAGAGAAGACUAACAGGGGAAGCGUAACCCACCACAGUUCCCCAGACACUGUACCAUCCUGGGCACAGAUAAGGGGAGCAGGGCACAGCCCAGCCCUCGGAAGCCCAAACACCAGCCAUCAGGCAGCUGGAUAAAACAGACCUGACCUGGUUAUUAAGAUCACCAGCCUGAGUAAGAGCGAGACGAGGAUGAACUUGUCAGGGCUACAACGUAUUAGGAGUUGGACCGUGUGUGGCGUCAAAGAGACUGGUCGAGCUAUAGUUCAGACCCCUUUCCUCGGGGAAACUGAAGGGAUUGAUUCAUCUUUGUCAAGGGAUUGCACAUCUGCUUUUGACAUUUGUGUUUGAUUGAUUUAUUAUUUAGGUCCAUGUGAAGGCAUUUCCUUUAUGGCACACAGUAAUUCAGUCCUGGGAUACUUUCUCAUGUAUUUACAUUAGUGCAGUGGGCGUGUGUGGAACAUGUUGUUAUUAUUAUGAAGUAAAUGAGCCAAGAAGGAGUCAAAACCACUGACCAGGAUCACGGUCACAGAAAAAUCACAGAAGACUUCAUAUUCAACACCAAACCAUAGGUGGGACAUUGAAGGACAGUGAUUGUUUUACAAAUCACAAGCAGGGUUGGGGAAGCUGCUUUGAGGAUGUUGCUAAUGAAGAUACGGGAUACUCUUCAUUGAAAGUAAUUAAGGCACAGCAGCACUACACUUUUGUUGAAAGAAGUCAGCUGCCAUUCCAACUCUCUUCUCCAUAAUGUCAAACCAAACCAGUUGCUUGAUUCUCUCCCAAAUCACAAGACACUGAGUGCAAAAUCUGCACAACUGUAGCAUUUGGUGGUGCUACAGCCUGCAACUAUAAAUGUUGCAUACCAUUGAAAACCCAAACAAUACUAUACUACAUGAAGUGCUACUCUUCAAUACUGGUUACGAGUACGUCUCAAGUAUUGUCCUAGAGUUCAUGAGCUGAAAUUCCAUCAAUGAUUUCUUUAAACAUUCAUGAUGAAAUUGGCAUGAAGCAGCUAGACUCCGUUGGCCUUGUGGAACUAUAUAUUAGUGGUGUUUCUUUUUCCUCACAAGAACCGACGCCCACUUGCUAUAAGCAAAUUAACCAGAUGAAAGCAAAGUAAAAUGUUGUGGCAUUAAAGCUAGGGUUGGUAAUCUUUAGAAACUAGUGAUAUUACACUAGAUCAUCCUUACCCUAACCCUAUGAAAUAGUCUACCAAAAACCCCUGGCCAAUGUUGCCAACUCUUUUCCUAAGAUAUUAGCAAGCAGCAAAAAGUAGCGAGAAAGUCUCCAAGUUGGCAACACUGACAGCCCGUCCCUUCAGGCCUCUUUAAGGCCAGUCCCCCAGGAUCUUCAUAAUGUACAAACAAACGUGCCUAAUGUUCGUGCUCACAGCUGUUCAGCUAGCAGCUUGUGAAAGACUGAUGCAAAAUGCUCACAUGGCCAGUGUAUGCACAGGUAGGUAAGCAAGCAGGCAGGUAGGCCGUCAUCACCAACCAUGUAAUUUGGCCCAAAUGAAAUCUGAAUUAUUACAGUCCUGCGACAGCCGCAGAUUUCUUUUACUUUUGUUGUCACAACAUUUGAUUCAUUGAUUGCUGUUGGCCCUUCAUGAUAAUUUCAACUAAUAUAGCAAACAUGUUUUUGAAGAUCACCAACCCUAGCUUUCAUGUUAAUGAGCUACAGCUGAUGUAAUUUGCGACUGUCAACAUUUGUCAUUUCAACCAGCAAAAGCAAUGCACAGUGCCAACUAAACUUUUCAUAUCUGCCUGUGAUGAUCUGAUAUUAAAUGUUUCUGUUGGUGUGCACUUAGUGUCACUUGAUGAAACGAUCAGCUCCAAAACGUUAGUAAGUGGACCGUUGAGUUUGGAUUAUUUUGUUGAAGAGAUGAGGUUUGACUUUAUUCCCACUCUUUGCUUGAGUAUAUGAGUGAAAACAGUAUAAUAAAAUGCAAACUCUGUAAAGAUCUCGGAUUAUAUGAUAAAUGUAAUAUGAUUCAUAACAGCUGCAAUUUCUUUAAACGUAAACUCUGGAUGUUCAUCUGACCUCCAUUUCCAGAACUAGCAACAAGAUUAUAUUGUGAGCCUUCUGCGAGUAUAUUAAGCUAGUUUAUCUGCUCCUGUGUGAGGAGUCGAAACGUGUGGUUUCAUGCGUACUAUAACCUCUGAAGAUUGCUAUUUGGUUUCUUGUAGUGUUGUUGAUUAUGAAUGAAUAUUGUUGUGGAAUGACAAUGGGAUUAAAAUGAAGUGGCUAGUGCAAUGACUGACUUGCACCAAGAAAAUAAAGUAUAUGUUUUAUUAAA